AUGCCAAAUGCUGUCUGCCUCCUUUUAGGUGUGGCUUUUUCUAAGCACGUUGUCAUCCCUAGUGAAAUGCUUUACCUCGAGGCGUCCAAGAACCGUGGAGAAGUCAGUCGCACAGAGACCACCCGCGUGCUCCGCGCCUCCCGGCUGCAGGUCAGCUGUCGCCCCGCAUCUGGCUGGCGCCCUCCGCUGGGUUCCGCAUCUGGUCACAAAGCGCUCGGGGCGCUGCAGGCAGCGAGAGCGUCCGGGUCACCUGCGGCGCGGCCGAGCCGAACGCCCGGUCUGCCAGCCAGCCGAGCUCCCUCCGCCCCUUCUCACCCGCGCGCAACCGAGCCGGUGACUCAGCCGGGCAGUGGCGCGCGCGGCCCGCGGCGGCCCCGGGCGCGUCCCGGCGGGAAGCACGGGCAGGCGACCCGACCCAAGCGCUCGCCCGCCUGCCCGCCCCAACACUUGUCCGUCUACCUCGAGCGGGGUCGUCCGCCCGGUCCGCCGGUCCUAGGACCGCUGAGGUGGGGACUGGCACCACCCAGAGGGGGAAAUCGGCCCCCGCCCUUCCUGCCGCCCGCGCGCCGCGCCUGGCCCCGCGGGGGUCGCGUUUCCUCCCACCCCUCCCCCGCCCCCGCCAAGGUGAAACUUUCUAGGUGGAGGAGAAGUUUUCUCGCCCUGGCCGCGAGAUCCCAACUCCGCCAGCUCGGGCAGUUUGAAGUUAGCACAGGGGGAGAUAAGCGAGUCCGAGUCUCCCCCUCCUGGUGCUCGCGCGGCGAGCGUCAGCCGACGCGCGGAACGCCCGGCGCGCCCACUCCGCGCACACUCCACGCACCCCACCCCGCGCGCUGCCGGCGGGAGAAGCGCGACGCUCUGAUGCCAGACUCUCCCACGGCUCCGUCAGCCGCUGGGCGCUGAGCGAGGUAGAGAAAGAGUUGGACACCACAGAGACAAGGAAUUCAUUGUUAGCGACGGAGUUUGGAGUUGGCCCACAGGAAAGCUGUGUGUGUUCUGGAAGGCACAAGAGAAGCAGCCGUCAUUAUAUUCUGAAGGUUAUCACUGGAUGCAGAGGUGCUGCUGAGUCCCAGUUUAUUUGCUCUUCUCUCCUUCCUGAUGCUGGCCUUACCAAAAGUGACUAGAUCUCCACCAGACACUUUGCUGACAACUCACAGAGGUGGCAGCCAUGAAGAGCCAACAACUUUCCAUAGACUUCGUGGUCUCACAUUCUGGCUUCCAGAGCUCCCUGCAAAUUGUGAGUCAUUUGUGACUUUUCCCCUUCCCUUCAGCAACAUUUUUUUGGAUCUGUAUCUUCCCAGCUCUUCUCACAAUUGUGUAAGUCGUAAGUCAUAUCAUACAUUUCUUCUUCUCUAUGACUCCUGGUGGUUCUGCUUCUCUGAUUGAAUUUUUUUAAAGCUAUAACCAAAGUGUAUUUUCAAACAGAGCUCCUUAAAAACCCUACAUUUUAUACUCAAAACUUUUAUCAGUUGGAAUUGUUUUCAUUUUGAGAGUCUUUUUCCCCCUGACUUCCUGAUAGUGAUUAUUGGUGCAGGAUGAUGAUCUUAAUGUGUCCAAAUAGGAGAAAUUGUCAGGAUAGCUAAGAGGGAUUUCAAGAAACUUCAAUAUUUGGUUUUUAUGCUGUUGAAAGAAAUCAUUAUUAUUGCUUAUAUGUGAACAUUUUAAUAUAAUAUAGUGCUCUAGAACUAUUUGGGCCAGAGAGAACGAGGCAUAAAAGAUCUCAAGUGCCUUGGACACAGGCAGAAAGGACGAGGGCAGAUUGUGGCAGGAAAAGAGGUUUUCCUCCUGCUGGCAGGUGGAACAAUUCUUGGGGUGUAGUGUGUGGGAUGUAGGCUCUUACUGAAAGAGUAGCUGUGGAACAGAGGGUACUGAUGCAGUCAGUGCAAUGAGGAUCUUGCCAUGAACAGGUCAAGAACAGAAGUGAGUAGAAGGAACUAUCUGGAACUCCAAAGUAAGCAUGUGGGUUACUCUUCUUGGGCCAUUUCUGCCCUCGGAAGAAGGUGGAGUUUAACUCUAAGGAUGAUAAUAAAGAGGUACGGACUUUGUUGUUAGCAUUGGGAAAUGAGACUUGACCUAGAAAGGUGUGUGCCCUGGCAAGUACUUUCUUGUUUUUGUUCUGCUUUCUGCCUUUCUUCUAAAGCCAGCAAAGGAGAACAUGGGUGUCUCCUACUCCAAGAAGAGAAUGGCAAAAAGGGCAGUUUUGGCAGCCUGGCCAGAAAAAGCAGUGGUAUUGGCUUUGUUUAUUCCUUCAGUGGAAAUAGCUUUCUUUCUUAUAGUUGCAUGGCAGACUCAAAGUCCCAGCCUAAUUUCAGAAGGUUUCUAUGACUGGCCCUCUCCCACCCCACCCUAUCCCACACCCUGGGCAGGCUGACAGGUUGCUUUAUCUGUUUUCCAGUGGCACUUCAUACUCCUAAGUUAGCACAUCUCUCACUGUGUUACAAUUAGCCUUUUUUGUUGACAGCUUAUCCCAGUGAUACAUUAGUGUGUGUGUGUGUGUGUGUGUGUGUGUGUGUGUGUGUAUUUCUGUCUCUUAUUUGUAAGAAAACAUUAAGGGAAAGAAAAUUAGAAAAUCUGUCACUGAGGACAGGGGGAGGUAGAAGGUCUUACAUCUCUUAGGAUGUGGUAUAUUCAGAAGGGGUUGCCUUGCUACAAAUACAGGUAACCCAACUUUAUAAUUGAUUGGUUAGGCAAGGCAUCAGAAAUAACACCCUUUCAAUCCAUUUGCCUAAAAUCCUUGAUAUCUGUAUAUCAAGAUUUGUGGGCCUGAUAUCUGUGGGCCAGAUGACCCUGACCAUACUAUGUAAUUAGUAAUCUUCCCUUUCUCCUGGAAAACAAAUGGGAUUAGCAAACUGUAACAGAGUCUAUUAUUCUUAAGGAUGUCACGCUGGAUCAUGUCUCCUCUGCAAAGGAUAUACUAUACAUACUACACAAAGGAAGAAUCAUGAAAUAUGUGCAGAAUUCUUGUGAUGUUUUUCUUUGUUCAGAUAACAUGCUUGCUAGUUAUUUUGUAUUAGAUAUUUGAAAGGUAUCUACUACUUAGUGCCUCAAAUGAGGCAAAAAUAUUGGGAUUGGAUAUGCCUGCCAAACCUGCCACCAAUGAGGUAAACCAUGUGAUUAGAUGGCGCCAAAAAGCC